CACCAGUGAAGCAGAAGAUGAAAUUUGACGACAUUGUUCUGCUGCUGGGGGAGUUUGGAACCUACCAGAAGAGAGUCUACUUCCUGCUCUGUCUGGCAUCAAUGUCAUGUGGCAUCCAGAUCAUGAUCUCAGUCUUUAACAUGGGAUUACCUGAACACAGGUGUGCUGUGCCCAACAUGGACAACGACACGUUUGCGGUGCUGGACGCCGGACAUCGCGAGCUUGUCAACAGCUCCAUCCCGUGGGACGACGCUAAGGGAAGCUACUCUGAGUGUAGUGUUUGGUCACAUGACAAAGAUGGUGGUCGCCUCGUUGUCGACUGCAACAAAUGGGUGUAUGACGACUCGCUUUUCCAGUCUACCGUCGUCUCGAAGUUUGACCUUGUGUGUGAGAAGAAGAUGUCCCGCUCCCACGCUCGGAUGAUUCUUAUGGGAGGGCUCUUGCUUGGUGCCAUAGGGACAGGGGUCGUGGCGGACUUUGGGACAGGGGUCGUGGCUGACUUAAUUGGCCGGAAGUUGGCUUUGAUGGGAAUGGUGGCGCUGCACGCGGCGUCUGCCAUUGGUGUGGCCUGGGCCGACACCUUCGUCAUCUACGUCAUCCUGAGGUUCCUAACUGGCAUCUCAAUCAGCGGGCUCUUCCUGGCCAUUUUUGUUCUAGGCAUGGAGCUGGUCGGGCCGUCUAAGCGGAUGUUUGUGGGGAUUGUUGUGGAGAUCUUCUGGGCGGCGGGCGUCAUGAUAUUGGGCGGCAUCGCCUACUUCAUCAGAGACUGGAACUACCUGCAGAUGGCCGUCUCUUUUCCCAUCCUACUUUUGUUUUCCUACUGGUGGCUGAUCCCCGAGUCCCCCCGUUGGCUGAUAGCCAGGGGUCAGACAGAAAAGGCUGGAGCCAUAAUCCGGCAUGCGGCUAGGGUGAACGGCGUGAAGGUUCCAGAAGAAAUCUUUGACGGGCUGGUGCUGGUGGAGGAGAGCAAGCAGGAGAGACUGUGGACGGUGUUUACCUCCCCUCGCUUCAUGCUCAGGCUCGUCAUACUCUGCUACAACUGGCUGGUGAGCGCCAUGGUGUUCUAUGGUCUGAGCCUCAACUCCGGGAACCUAGCGGGGAACAUCUACGUGAACUUUGAACUGAUGGGCGUGGUCGAGAUCAUCGCCUACUGCAUCUGUCUGGUCGGGCUCAACAGGGUUGGUCGCAAGUUCAUCCACAUCACGUGCAUGGUCGUAGGGGGCGGGGCUUGCCUCAGUACCAUCUUUACCGUGCUGUAUGCUCAUGAGUCCUUACAAUGGAUCAACAUAGUCCUAGCACUGGUGGGGAAGUGUGGGGCGGCGGCAGCUUUUGCCACCAUCUACGUUUACUCCGCGGAGUUGUUCCCCACCAUUUUAAGGAACUCUUUGAUGGGAGUUACCUGCCUUUUCGCUAGAGCGGGAGGGAUGAUCUCCCCUUAUAUAGCAGAUCUGAGCACCAUAGUCUCUGGUCAGUUUGGUCAAGCGCUGCCCCUGAUUGUCUUUGGUGCCACAACUGUUGCUGGAGGUCUUUUGUGUGUGGUGCUGCCUGAAACACUGAACAAACCUCUACCAGAGACACUAGAGGAUGCUGUGGACUUUGGCAGGAAAACCUGUGAAGAGAAGCAGAGACCUGAUGAUGAAGGGAGCUGGGACAUACAGUGUGAGGAGCUCACGGCUCUGUCCAAUGGAAUCUCCAGUCUACCAGAGGGCACGCAGGAAACUAAGAUUGUUGUAUGAUGGUUGUUGGCUUAGUAUCUAGUUGUCAGUCUACCAGAGGCCACGCAGUAGUAUCUAGUUGUCAGUCUACCAGAGGCCACGCAGGAAACUAAAAUUGUUGUAUGAUGGUUGUUGGCUUAGUAUCUAGUUGUCAGUCUACCAGAGGCCACGCAGUAGUAUCUAGUUGUCAGUCUACCAGAGGCCACGCAGGAAACUAAAAUUGUUGUAUGAUGGUUGUUGGCUUAGUAUCUAGUUGUCAGUCUACCAGAGGCCACGCAGGAAACUAAGAUUGUUGUAUGAUGGUUGUUGGCUUAGUAUCUAGUUGUCAGUCUACCAGAGGCCACACAGGAAACUAAAAUUGUUGUAUGAUGGUUGUUGGCUUAGUAUCUAGUUGUCAGUCUACCAGAGGCCACACAGGAAACUAAAAUUGUUGUAUGAUGGUUGUUGGCUUAGUUCUCUCAAACUCUUGUAUAUUUAUUAUUAAGUUAUAGUAAGUUUCCUCUUCAUUUUUGUAUAGUACAGUAGGGUUUUAAAAUUUUUACCAAAUUUUAAUGUUGUUGAUAUCUUGAGCCAUUUGUAAUUUAAUAUUGUGUUCAAAUGUAAAACUUGAAGUUAGAUGCCAGACAGCAUUCACAUAUUUGUAUGCAAACUCUUUCAUCAUUUAAUUUCUAUGAUGUGGUUUCUUGUAUGGGGGGAAUGUAUGUCAUUAAUCAUCUGAUCUAUUCAUUUGGAGCUCAACCGGAUCCAUAAUUUUUAACUAGUUGACCUUUGCCCUCAUCAUCCAGUCUUUCAGUCUCACACGACAUCUUUCUA